AUGGGCACAUGCUCGGGCAAGGAUUCCGACGAGGAGAUCCGGAGGCACCUGAGCUGGUCCAGCGGCGGAGACGGGCCCCCGCGCCUCGGCGUCCAAGGGCCUUCGGCACCAGGGGCGCCACGGCCACAUGUGCGCCUCGGCCACGGGCUUGAAGCGCAGGGUUCUGAGGGGCCGCUUAUCCUUGACGCCAUGGUGGUCAACGGCACGGGCGCCAACGGCACCUCUUUCCGCCGCAAGGCCGACGUUGACGAGCAGGAGGCCAAGCGGCUGGAGCUGGAGAUCGCGGUGACCGCCCUGGAGCAGAACAUCGCGGAGCUUGAGGAGGAGAUCCAGCUGGCGAAGGCGGAGAAGGCCAGGAAGGCGGCCAGGAGCCGCGCCAGGGCCGAGAUGCCAGAGCCCCCGCGGGAGAGGUCCGAGCUGCUCCGGCCCCACCUCGGCACAGACUCCGACCGCCUGGACAGCCUCGAGAGCCUCAGGGAGCAGAUGGCGAGGGCCCGGGAGGAGGAGCUGCUCACGACCGAUGAGAACAGACUCCGAGAACUCAGCCGCACCAUAUCCGAGCUCCAGGACUGGAUCCUUCGCCUGGAAGGGCCGCGGGGGCAGAAGCCAGAGUCGGAGCUGGUGAAGGAGUCGCGGGAGUCGUGA